AAAGUCCGAUGGGCAACUUGGAAAGAUGUGAAACUAGCAAAUAAAAACAACGCGUCUUCGCCGGGGAAUUUUUGGAAAUCGGUCUGCGGAGGCGACGAUGGAGCGUCGACGACUGCUACUUUUAUUCCCUACACCGGUCAUCGGAUCUCUUUUGCUCUCCGUUUUCUGAGGUCCAUCCCCUCUCUCCCUUCUUCCUUCUCUCUGUGCCGAAUCCUAAACCCUAGAUCCGAUACUCCCCCUACGCCGCUUCUUGAUUCUCUCCGACGCCGGUUGCAGCGAGCCUCUGCAUAUUUAGGCAUGACCAUGUCUUGCACUGAGAAUCUCAAGAAUACAAUGACACAUUUGACACUAAUAUCUGGUCUUCCUGAUGACCUUGCUAUUCUUUGCUUGUCAAGGGUUCCUAGAAGGUACCAUCGUGUCCUUAAAUGUGUAUCAAGGAGGUGGAGAGACUUGUUAGGUAGUGAAGAGUGGCAUAUCAGUCGCCGAAGGAACAAUACUGAAGAGUGUUGGGUCUAUGCCGUGUGUAAAGUAAACUUAAAGGAACACCUAUGCUAUGUAUUAGAUCCAGAUCCUACUUACAGAAAUUGGAAACUAAUGCAGUGUAUGCGCACUCCAUGUUCACAGAAUGAUGGAAUGUCCAUCAUAGCUUUAGGAAAGAAAGUGUAUCUCUUAGGUGGUUGUACUUGGCAAGAAGAUGCUACUGAUGAUGUGCAUUGUUAUGAUGCUUCAUCAAACAAAUGGGCAGUGUCUUCCAGAAUGCCGACAGCUAGGUGUUAUUUUGCAUCAACUUCUCUGAAUGAGAAACUUUACAUUGGCAGCGGGUUCGGUCUGAAUUCAAAAUCCCCAAAAUCAUGGGACAUUUACAACUCAAACUCAGACAGUUGGAUAUCACACAAGAAUCCUCUUCCUAACCAUGACAUUGUAAAGUUUAUUGCGUUUGAUGCAAAACUGUACACCAUUCACAGAUCAGAGAAAGGCUUGCAUUACGCUGGGAUAUAUGAUCCUGCAUCAGCAACUUGGCAGAUUACCGACGAUGAAAUUGCACUGUGUUCAUGUGGACCCACAGUUGUGGUAGACGGGACACUUUACAUGUUGGAUGAGACUUUAGGUGCGAGACUUAUGAAGUGGGAGAAUGCACAGAAGGAGUGGGCUUUGAUCGGAAGGUUGUCUCAUCACCUUAUAAGACCACCUUGCCACCUUGUGGCUAUUGGAAGAAGUAUUUACGUGAUAGGACAAGGCCUGAGCACCAUGGUCAUUGAUGUGGACGAAGCAGCUAAGGGUAAAGGUAUACUUGUUGGUUUUUCUUUCAGUCCAAUACUAGGUCUUGAUCACAAUGUAAUCAGCUGCAGCACCAUUACCAUUUGAAUAGAUGUAACCGGCAGUGUUCAAAUUUUUAAGUGUCUUGCCUGCAUUGACUAAGUUGGGCAUAGUGAUAUGCACAUAUGUCUAUAUUAUACAUAUUAGGGAAAUGGCUAUCUUGCCAUUCAGCCUCGCUACGAAUUGAUGUUUCAGGAUUCACUA